AUGCCUCUCAAUGCUCAAGCCAUUUAUCCUGCCUCGGACCCAGAGUUCCUCGCAUUCCCUAGCCGCAGAAGUGUAGUACACAGCACAAAAGGUAUUGUGUCAAGUUCACAGCCCUUGGCUUCAAACUGUGGCCUUAAAGUCUUGCAACAAGGUGGAAACUGUGCAGAUGCCGCCGUCGCAGUUGCCGCGGGUCUGAACAUGACCGAGCCUGGUAGCACAGGUAUCGGUGGUGAUAUGUUCUGUCUGUUCUACGACGCAAAGACCAAGCAGGUACACGCCUUGAACGGUUCAGGCCGCGCUCCAUCAAACGCAACAUGCGAGAAAGUACGAGAGUCACUCGGCAUCAAAGAUGGUCAGUAUGGUACUAUUCCCAUGCAUAGCGCACAUGGAGUCACUGUACCGGGAGCGCCAGCCGGUUGGGUUGAUGUGGUAGAGAAGUUUGGCAGCGGAAAGGUCAGCAUGGAACAGAUCCUGACACCUGCCAUUGAGUUGGGAGAGAACGGCUUCCCUGUUUCAGAAGUCAUGGGUUACUACUGGUCGAAAGCCGAACAAUCGAUCCGAGAUGCAUCGCCCAACUUCGCCGAAAUGUUGAAGAAGGACCCCAGCGCAAAGGACGGAUGCCGCGCACCCAAGCCUGGUGAGAUCAUGCGUAACCCUACGCUGGCUCAGACCUUCCGCGAAGUUGCCAAACAUGGAAAGGCUGGCUACUACACUGGAAGAAUCGCAGAAGAGUUGGUUAAGGUUGUGCAAGAUCUUGGAGGUUUUAUCUCUCUGGAUGAUCUGAAGAACCACAUGGAGAAGGGGAGCGAAGAGGUCGACCCAAUCAAGCUCAAUUUCCGUGGACAAGGUAUCGACAAGUCGCACGGCGAGACUAUGCACGACAAGAGCUCGGAGGGCGUCGAUGUCUGGGAGCACCCUCCCAACGGACAGGGCAUUGUCGCUCUGAUGGCCUUGGGUAUGCUGCAAGAGUUGGAGAAGAACGGCAAGAUCCCCACCUUUUCUGAAAAGGGCCACAACUCUGCAGAGUACAUUCAUGCCGUCGUCGAGACUCUCCGUAUCGCAUUUGCCGAUGCCAGCUGGUGGGUCGCCGACCCUAACGUCGUCAAGGUUCCUUCCCAAGAGCUCAUCUCUGAGAAGUACCUUGCUGAGCGUGCUAAGUUGUUCGAUCCCAAGAAGGCUGGUGACAUUCCUGACCAUGGCUCCCCUGCACACAACCACUCUGACACUGUCUACUUUGCUGCAACUGAUAGCGAAGGUAACGGUAUCUCCUUCAUCAACUCCAAUUACGCUGGUUUCGGUACUGCAAUCAUCCCCAAGGGUUGUGGUUUCACCCUCCAGAAUCGUGCCUGCAACUUCAUGCUGCAACCUGCUGAUCACCCCAACAUCUACGCACCCAACAAGCGUCCGUACCACACCAUUAUCCCCGCUCUGAUCACCAACAAGGCAGACCAGAGCUUGCACUCUGUCUACGGUGUCAUGGGUGGUUUCAUGCAGCCUCAAGGACAUGUACAGGUGCUGAUGAACAUGCUCGUCUUUAAGAUGACUCCACAAGCAGCUCUUGACGCACCCCGUAUCUGCAUUGGCGCUGGCAUGCCUGAUAGCGGCGACGUCUUUGAUAAGACUGUCUACCUGGAAGAUGGUAUCACAGAAGAAACUGCCGACAAGUUGCGUGCCAUGGGACACAAUGUCGAGAUCAUCAAGGGCCAUGGUAGAGGUCUCUUCGGCAGAGGACAGGUCAUCAGAUGGCACGUUGAUCCCAUCGAGGACCGUGGUGUCUGGAGUGCCGGCAGCGACUCCAGAGCUGACGGCCAUGCUCUGCCCUGGAUGUAA